GCAUCACCUCCCUUCCAGGUUCCAAAGCCAACAGCUAGAGUCGGGCGACAACAGCUCGAUACACGCUAAUCAGCUUGGUUCUUCUGUAAUUCCCCUCACCAUUAUCAGGCUCGUCUCCACUCCCUCUGUCACAACCAGCAGUCGCGUUCCGCUCGAGGCCCAUACGAUUCUAGUUUUUCCCGAGAACAAGCAUCAGGGAAGCCAUGGCUCACAGAGCAGCAUCGAUUUUCGUUCUCUGCCUCCUUGCCGGCGCGACACUCUCUCACGGCUCUCGGCCGAUCACCCCAAAGGCCUCAAGCGCAGAUUCGAGCCAGCCCGCAUUCUCCGCGUCCGCCCUCCGCCGCAUGGCCAUUGCCGCCUGGAAUGCCGGCGCGAAAGGCGUCAUCCUACCCACCGAUUCCGAACCAGAGUCCGCUCAAGCCUCUGAAGGCGAGGCAGGCAAUGCUCCUCACCCUGCUGACGAGCCUGCUAGCUCCAUAGUCGAUGCGCCCGAAGUUGCUCCGUUCGAGGAUGACGUGGACCCCUCUGCUGCUGACGUGGACGCGACUGUGUCGCUCCCCGGCUCCGACAAUCUGAUCAUCUCCCGCAUCCACGUCAAGCCGGCGAAACCCGCGGAACCCGCUGGCGAAAACGAUGACUACGAUGACGACGUCUUUUCGCGACUUCUCGCGAACGAAGCGAGCGAGUACACCCAGGACGUCGCAGAAGCGGCGAAUGAGGAGGAGACCAAUGUCAUGUCCGUCUCCCUGCCUGGCUCAGACAACGUCAUCGCGGCUGUCCAGAAACCGCGACGCGACGUCUCCAACAAGGCAUCCAGCCUGAAGGAAGAUUUUGCCGAAUACGACGCCGACAGUGUCACGUCCGUCUCUCUUCCCGGCUCCGACAACGUCAUCGCUGCGGUCCGCAAGCCCCAGCGCCACGUGGCUGCUACCGAGCCCACGAGUAGCUUCAGCGUGUCGCUGCCCGGCUCCGACAACGAGAUCGUCGCGUUCGGCGUCCCUGCGAGGCCGGUGAGCAGCGUUGUCGUCGUCGACGCGAGCGACGAAGAGGCAGCGGAGGGGGAGGCAACGCCGUCCAGGAAAAGCCACUCCUGGAAGCUCUUUCACUCGGCGGCAGUGACUGCCGCUUCUAGUGCUUCUUCUGCUUCCUCUGUGCAUCCUGCUUCUGACGACACCGACUCCACCUUCCACGUGUCGCUCCCUGGUUCGGACAACGAGAUCUGGGCCGCCCACGUGCCCCACAGGGAGAGCAACGUCGUGGUUGUCACUGACGAGUCAGACCGCGAUGCAACCACCACCGCCAUUGCCACCACCAUUACCACCGCUGCCACCACUAGCACCGCUGCCACUUCCACUACACCGGACGAUGACACUGCAUCCGUGUCGCUUCCCGGCUCUGAUAACGUGAUCGAGGCGUUCCACAUUCGCGGUAACAAGAAAAAGACCACUUCUUUCCAGGUGUCCCUUCCCGGGUCGGAUAAUGUUAUUACCUCGUACGGGGUGCCUGAGAGGAAGGGGAUGACCGUGGUCGCUACGGAGGGUGCAGAAAUCGCAGAGACGGCAGUCGCAGAGCUGGCAGCUGUUAGCGAGAUCGCAGGCGCCCAGGCGACCACGGAAGAUGUUUUCACGGUGUCGCUUCCUGGGUCCGACAACGUGAUCGCUGCACUACACGUACCCCAUAAGCGCAAAUUCGUUGUUGCGCAAGCGUAGUGCUGCUUCGGCGGACACGCUAAUAACGGGGUCAACUCAGCCCCUCUGUAAUAAACAUCUAUAUGCCAUAAAAUCUCUAAUUGUAUUGAGUUUGAACUACUGAAUAUUGCCUCAUACUCUUUAAAACACCUAUUUCUCAUGUUU